CCCGCGCGCCAGCGGGCCUUCCGGGCGCUUCUUCCGUAUUGGCGGGCGGCGGCUAUGGAGGGCGAUCCUCCGCCGGUGGAGGAACGGCGGCGGCUGCGGGAGGAGCUGAGCGAGUUCGUGGAGAGCUGUUGGCGGACGCUGGAGGAGGUGACGACGUCUCUGGGCUGGACCCUGGACCGGCUGGACCCCGGGGAGGAGGAGGCGGCGGCAGAGGAUGAAGUCGUGAUAUGUCCUUAUGAUUCCAACCAUCACAUGCCUAGGUCGUCUUUGGCAAAGCACAUGGAAUCUUGUAGAUUAAGAAAACUGGGCUAUACCAAGGAAGAAGAGGAUAAAAUGUAUAAUUCUGAUUUUUUCUAUGAGAAUGCAAAGAUACCUUCAGUUACUUUGAAUAAGGACUCACAGUACCAGAUAAUUAAACGAGCUAGAGCUGCAGUUGGAAAAGACGGUGAUUGUUAUAAUCAGAGGAUUUAUUCUUCAUUGCCUGUCGAAGUUCCUCUGAAUCACAAACGGUUCGUUUGUGAUCUAACCCAAGCCGAUCGUCUUGCCCUCUACGACUUCGUAGUCGAGGAGACAAAGAAAAAGCGCUCAGAUUCUCAAAGCAUUGAAAAUGACAGCGACCUCUUUGUGGACCUGGCCGCCAAAGUCAAUCAAGAUAAUAGUCGAAAGAGUCCAAAAUCUUACCUUGAGAUCCUGGCGGAAGUGCGAGAUUAUAAAAGAAGACGCCAGUCCUAUAGAGCCAAGAACGUUCACAUAACCAAGAAGUCAUAUACUGAGGUGAUUCGGGACGUGAUCAGCGUGCACAUGGAGGAGCUGGCCGGCCACUGGCAGGAGGAGCAGCAGCGGGCGGAGGACGCCGCCGAGAAGGCCGAGGAGCGGCGCUCGGCGUCGGCAGACUCGCGGCAGUCGGGGGGCAGCUGCCUGGAUGCUGAGGGCGCCCGGCGCAGAAGGGCCCGGAGCAGGAGCCCGCACAAGCGGAGGAGAAACAAGGACAAGGAGAAGGACGGGGACUCGAGGCGGAGGAAGGAGAGGGAUGGAGAAAGACAUCAUAGUCAUAAAAGAAGAAAACAGAAAAUGUAAUCGAAGUAUUUGUGCUUGUAUUAAUUAUGCUUGUGCCACGGUAACCAAUAUGCUGAUAAUUUUAUCAUGAUUGCUUUGAGUAGGAGAAUGUGCUUAUAUGAACUGUUUAGUGCUGAGGUCAUUAUUUUUUCAGUAAAUACAUCGCAAACUGUAAAUACCUGAUUAUGCCCUAAAACUUUGUUUUUCCUUAUGUUUUAAUAGGUGAUUGCCUCCUAGUACUGAUUUUGUUUCAUUACUUUUGAUUAUUUAUAUAUCAGAAAAUUCUUUUUUUUUGAUCUUUUGUCUUUUUAGGGCCUCACCGACGGCAUAUGUAAGUUCCCUGGCUA